AUGGGUCCCUAUUUCAAUAAUAAAAAACGCAGAGUGACCGUUGACAAAGUGGAGGAGGUCAAUUUCGACAACGAUGCCCGCCAUGAAUAUCUUACUGGAUUCCACAAGCGCAAGGUGCAGCGCGCCAAGCAUGCACAGGAUAUCGCAGAAAAGAAAAUGAAAGAGGAGAAAAGACAAGAUAGAAAAAGGCUUCGUGAAGAGCGAGCGGCGGAUUUCAAUCGAGUCAUGGAGGAACACAAAAGGCAACUUAAGCGCAUGAAAGAGGAAAACGACAGUGAAAGCAGCGGCUCGGACGACGAGGACGAUCAGGAAUGGGAGGGUAUUGAGGAACCACCGGCCGUUGACUACGAGGCUGAAUACAUCGACGAGGACAAAUACACUACGGUGACUGUUGAGGAAAUGGACACCUCCCGAGAAGGACUCCUGAAGUCGGUCCGCGGCGAAGACUAUGCAGAGGAGGAAGCCAAAAAGGCGCCAGCCGAGACGGCAGAGCCAGAGAAAAAGCCUGCCAAAAAGUCCUGGAAGUCAGACAAGCCCAAGAAGAAGAAGAAGCAAUUCCGAUACGAGAGCAAAACAGAUCGCAAACUCACGGCGGCAAAGCAACGGGCAUCAAAGUCGAAGAAAGCCAAGGCCCGGAGAGAAGAGUGA